AUGGACCGCCCACAAGACGUCUACGCUGUCAUAGGUGGUAGCGGGCUCAUAGGGAGACAAAUUGUCGACAAGUUGAAGGCUCGGGGAGACACUGUUUUCGUUCUCGACGUCACCCAGAGGCAUGACGACGUGCCAUUCCACCACGUCGACGUGACCAAUAAGGACGGGCUCCGGGAUACCCUCAAGAGAUGCGGUGCCACUUGCGUCUUCCACCUUGCCUCUCCUCAUGCUGGCACGGCGCGCGCCGAGGUGUUUUGGAAAGUGAAUGUCGAAGGCACUAAGAACGUCAUUGCAGCCUCCGUGGAGGCUGGAGUCCGCAAGCUGAUAUACACGAGCUCCUCCGGGGUGGUGUUCAACGGAAAGCCGCUGAAUGGCGUUGACGAGACAUACCCUUUCCCGGCCAAGCACAUGGAUGUCUACAUGGAGACCAAAGCCAAGGCGGAAGAACUUGUCCUCGCGGCCAAUGGCAAGGACGGUCUGUUGACGGUAGCCAUCAGACCAUGUGGUGUGUUCGGACCUGGUGAUAGACAGCUCAUGCAGGGCCUUGCGACGGCGUUCGACCGGGGUCAGACGGGGACGCAAAUCGGCGACAACACGAACCUGGUUGACUGGACGUAUGUCACCAAUGUCGCCCAAGGGGAGAUUCUGGCCGCGGACAAGGUCGAUCUGCCCGUGACCGAUCUAUCGAUGGCGGUGGCAGGCGAGGUGUUUUUCAUCACGAACGACGAGCCGUGGCGUUUCUGGGACUUCACGCACAAGAUCUGGGACAAGCUGUACGAGCUGUAUCCUGGUCAUCAGGCGCGUCCGGAGCCACGGGUGAUCCCAGCGGGUCUGGGGAUGGUCUUUGCAGCGUGCUCAGAGUUCAUCGCAUGGCUGUUGAAGAAACCACCGAUCUUCACGCGGUUCAACGUUAUCUUCAUGUCUACUCCGAGAUUGUACAACGUCUCGAAGGCGAAGAGGGUCCUCGGAUAUAAGCCUGAGGUCUCGGUCGACGAGGGUAUCAUGUUGGUGUUGAAUUGGUGGAAGUCCGAAUACCCUGACAAGCCGUCGGAUGUUGUCAAGGCUUAG